ACUGCUAAUGCUACUAGUAAUGCAAUGUUGCUCUACUCUCUCCAAAAAGUGACCCUCUCUUGCUCGUCUUCACCAACACCUCUUACAGUACUUCCCCUCUAUUACUCUUUUGUCUUUUUCUUUUCCAAAGCUACCGCAACCUUUGCAAACAUCGAAUUCCAGUCAUGAUAGUCUUCGAAGUAUACUUGCGAUGUUAUUAUCCUCUGACCUCUGACUUCGUGUAGCCAGGAAUCCUCCCAAGAAGCUCCAGUCUUUGCUCGCCCUGGAAGCCUCUUCUUCCAUCUUAAUCCUCAUCUUUUCCAACCACCUCCGCUCUUCCUCUUUGUCGCGGCCAAUCACCUACAACUACUUACCUACCUAGUACUCUAAUCUGUUAUUCGACUUUACGAAUCUCUCAUACAAUUUCAUCUACCUCAACCGCUGUCGAGCUCAAUCCUCUUUUCGCCUACCAAACUUCCUCCCAUACUCCUACUCAAUCCCAAUCCGACGAAGUCGCCUGCCUACACUAUAAGCGAUGGCUGGUGCUUCUCCGACUAGACGUUCCUCCCGUGCGCGAACGACUCAAUCACAAUCACAUAAUACGUCCAGUGCUUCUAGUGCAUCGGGUCGUGCUGAGCGAAGCACAAGGGCGUUUACUAAAACUGGUUCGCCUCAAAAAUCGACGGGCAGUGGGUCUCUGUCCUCAGAACCUCCCGAGGACUCGACACCAACCAACGAAGAUACUAUCCUACGCCGACGAAGUACGCGCGGGAAAGACGACGAUCGCGAAAAACAAACUAAAGUAGAACUACUUGACAUGGCAACCGCUGGCGACGAAAUCCAAGAAGAUGACGAAGCUGUCCGUUGCAUCUGUGGGCACGAUGAAUACCCAGGACCACCGCCCUUCGAUGAGGAAUCGAAGCAUAAUCUUAAGGACUCAAUUGACCAUGAGCGGAUCUUUGCUAUUGAGGUGACAGAUGAUAUGGCUGGCUUUUACGUGCAAUGCGAGUUCUGCAACACAUGGCAGCACGGCGCUUGUGUUGGCUUUGCAGAAGAAUCCAAUCUCGACGACAUCCAAUACUUUUGCGAAAGAUGUCGAAACGAUUUACAUAGAAUAUAUACAGCAACCAAUGGUCAAAAAUACUCGAUAUUUCUUCCUAUCCAUCGGUCUUCCCGAGCCGUUUCGCGAGCCACUUCUACGGCCAAGGAUGGUGCGCAGUCUCCUCAAGACAAUUCUACUAAAAGCUCACGUUCCUCUGUAGCAGCGCAUACCUCGAAGCGGCGUUCUACCAUGAAUAGCCGUGAUGCUGCCUAUGAUGAAGAAGAGCAACUGCGCCGAGCGAUUGAAGCAAGCAAGGAAGAUGCCAUUCCCGAAAUUACGGAACCUCCCCCAAGGCGCCCCAAGCGAGGCAGAGAUGAUAGUGAAGAAAAAGUCGAAGCUAUCAAACGACAACGAACAAAUUCCAAAUCACCAUCUCCAAAAGUUGAGAGACUUCAAUCGGCUCCGCCCGAGGAGUCGGAAGAUGAGUCUAUCAUGCGGAAUGGAAGCUCCAAAAGAUCACGAAAUGCAGUUCGGAACCAGCGCGAAAAGGCCGAAAGGGACGAACGUCGUGAGGAGCAAGAACGUAAACGAGCUGAAGCUGCUAAUAAACGAAAGGGUCGGGCUGAACGCCGGAGAGCUGAUGACUCCGACCCAUCUGAAGAAAUACCAUUGGCGGUUCGUGCCGCUGCAAACAGGGCAACAGAAUCAGCCCAACCCCCAGAGCCUCCUCUAUUGAUACAACCCCCUCCCGAUUCACCUCCUACAGUCCCAGCCCCUACCAGCACGCAUAAGAAAAAGGCAAACAACCAAAAGAAAAAAGGCAGGAAUCAAUAUACUAAAGACCGUGAUAACCGCGAUCAUGACGAGUCACCAGCGAGAUCAGUAUCACGCGAUAUCACAAGAAACGCGGACGAAAACGGCACGUCUCAUACGAAACUCGCUCAGGAGAGUAGCGGCAAACAAAGCAAGUCGAAAGGGGGCAUGAAUUCAAGGAUUACUAUGACGGAUAUGAAGAGGCGCGCCAAUAAUAUCCUAGAAUAUAUCACUCGGACACAGGUCGAGUUAGCAAGCGAGCCGUUGUCAGAAGCUGUAGUAGCUUCUCAACAAAAUGGCACGCGUGGGGAACCCAUCAAUGGUGUUCCUUCGAUCAAGGUCAACGGUGCCAGCCAAAAGAAUGAUGGCAUCUCUACGAACUCGAAUGGCACGACAAGCAUCGGCAGCAACGGCCAUAAUCUACCAACUGAGAAGUUCAAGGAGAUGUCUUGUAUUGAAAUGAUGGAUAUACUGACUCGAGAUUUGGUGAAAUGGCAGCAAGAGUUCACUCCGUAGUGUGAAUUCUUCUCUAUUUUACCAUUGGAAUCUCCGGCGUUAUAAGGGGUUGGCUUCUGGUACGCUCCAGGCUUUAUAUCCGUCUGCAUCUACCCGGCGUUAUUUGGGUUCGGACGAAGGAGUUUGGAAGAGAUCGAAUUCUCUUCAACGAACAAAAAGUUCUACCUUGUACUUUUUCUUUCUUUCUUUCUUUUUUCUCCCCUUUUCUAGUGUCUAGAAUUGGCUGUGCUAACAACAAAAUGUGUGUUGAAUGGGUUGGCGGUGAAGUGAGUUUUGGAGCUCGUGUUUUCUCUCCCUUUUUUCCCUCAAGAAAAAGUAUGAAUCCACACUAUGAGGAGACCACAAUACCACCAAUAUUAUCUAUGGUGGAACAGAUGGGAUGGACAAGGAUCUCUGAGGUAUCUCCAGGCGCGAUGUUGUAUCUACAAUAUACCCCGAUAGCUAUAUCACAUUAUAGCGCUUUUUUUGUUACUACUGUAAAUGUACAUACAUAGGUGUGUUGUACAAUGACUGACUACUACAUGCUUUACCAAACACAUUGGAAUUUUUAAUUGUAUAUGGAU